AUGACCCACCGCUCGCGGACGGCGUCCAUCCAGAUCGCCGAGCCCCACGUCGUGCCGUCCGAGAGCGGCGGCGCCGACGACGGCGCGUCCGCGACGGACGACCGGGACCUCGAGGGCUUCGACGUCGCGUCGGAGACGGGGUCGCUCCACGGCUCGCUGCGCAGAGGGGAGCGGGGCCUGCCCAAGGGCCACGACUCGUCGAACGUGCUCGCGGCGCUCGGGAGCGCCGCCCGGCGCGCCUUCGAGCCCACGCGGCGCGAGAAGGGCCUCGAGUCGGACACGCUGUCGAACGCGCUGCACGCGGAGGCGCACCACGAGCUCGACGGCUUCGUGCACCACGACGCCCACCACCCCUUCGCGCUCCCCGACGACGACGACCACGAGAAGGAGGACGAUUUGUUGUUCGGCUCCGGGGACCGCGCGCACCACGGGCCCGGCGCGCACCGGCGGCCGUCGUUCCAGCGCCGGCCGUCGUACGGAGAAAAGCCCAAAUCCAAGUCGUCGCUGCCCACGCUCAACGACGACCGCCACGAGCAGGAGGACUGGCACCAGCACGACGUCGAGGUCGCCGGCGACCUGGGCUACGUGCAGACGCUCGUCGAGGUCGACCGGCAGCACCCGCGCGAGCCCCGGCGGCCGUCGCUGAGCCGGGGCCGGUCCGCCACGUCCGUCGCGAGCGACGACGAGGCGACGCCGGGUUCGUCGCGCCGCGCCGCGCGGCGCCGCUCCCGGUCGCCCGCCGACCGCGACGCGUCGCCGGCCGCGGCGCGCGGCCGCGUCUUCUCCUUCUCCCGCAAGAACUCCUUCGGCCGCCGGCCGAGCCGCUCCCGGUCCAACUCCGUCGAGCGCUCCGGCUCCGAGGACGAGCGCGAGACGCGCCGCGAGGCCCAGGUCGCCGAGCGCCGCAAGAGCCUCGACGACCUCCCGCCGCCGCCGCCGAGCCCCGAGGGCAACGGCGCGCAGGCCUUCGACGCGCCGCCCGAGGUCGCGUGUCUGCCGGCGAGCUCCGAGACCGCCGGCGCCGCCGCCUCCGUGGCCGGCGUGCGCAAGGCCAAGGAGGAGGCGCCGCCGCUCCCGGGCCCCGAGAUGGCCCCCGAGACCAAGGAGGAGGCGGCCCCCGAGACGAAGGAGGCCUUUAGCCUCGGUACCAGUCGUCGAAGUCGUCUUGGCGUGGUGGCCACUACUCCGAUGGAGUUUGUCGUCGUGUCGAGGGACGCGGACCUGCCCGAGGGCACGGUCGUGGCCUGCGACGACGAGCGCUUCGACGACGAGCUGCGGGCGCGCGAGUUCCGCGUCGCCGAAAUCGUCGACGGCGCGCCGCUCGACGGCGAGCUCUGGCUGCCCCUGGGCGACCUCGCCUGGCUGCCCGACGGGCCGGACCUGCGGUCGUUCUGGGCCAUCGCGACGCGGCGCGGGUCCUCGUCCGUCAACGAGGGCCGCGGCCUGCCGACGAUCCUCUUCCUGCACGCGGGCAGCCUCACGCGGCACCAGUACCGGCCGCAGCUCCUCGCGCUGUCGCGCGAGUUCCACACGGUGGCGCUGGACCUCGCGGGCCACGGCGACUACGCCUUCCUGGAGGAGUUCGAGCUCAAAAGGUCCGUGGACCGCUGCGUCGGGCACCUGCGAACGCUGGGCGUCGCGGAGUGCCUGGUGGUCGCGACGUCGCUGGGCGGCAACGUCGCGGGCCUGCUCGCGGCGACGCGGCCGGACCUCGUCGCGGGGCUCUUCCUCCACGGCUGCACGACGGACUUCUCCGCACCGGAGAUCCACGCCAAGUUCGGCGACCUGAACAAGAUCUUCGACCGGCAGGAGGCCAUCUACGGCGACAUGAAGUUCCCCCAGGAGGUCAUGGCCGCGUCCAUGAAGCAGGAGCAGACCGCGUCGAAGAAGGACGCGGCGACCGCGGCGCUGCGGAACGACCUCUGGCGGACGUGCAUCCAGGAGACGCGGCUGAACCGCUUCUCCUUCAACCACUUCCUCGUCGAAUUGCACGGCGUCGACGGCCGGCCGGGCUCCGCGGCGACGCACGCCGGCUUCGGCGACGUCGACGACGUGCGGAUCAUGCAGCCGGACUACGACCUCAAGCCGCCGGGCCAGCACCCGCUGGAAUUCUGGGACCGCCAGCGCCUCAACUCGCACCGGACGCCGGGCCAGCCGCCGCUCAAGUUCGAGAUCGUCGAGGACGCGGGCCACUACUGGAACCUCGAGUACCCCCUCAUGUACGCCCAGCGGGUCCGCGACAUGGCCCUCGACGUCUUCGCCGACCACCCCCGGUGCCCGCCGCGGUAA